CCCAGCUCCGACUGUGAGGGGGGAGGAGCAAGGGUAUAAAACAGCCACAUGUGGCUCAGGGGCUCAGUGUCAACGCUCAGCCUGUCUCCAGUAUGAAGCUUUAUCUCCGGUCGGUCUGUCAGCUCGCCUUCUUCAGCCUCUGCUGUGUACUGAUCACAGUGAGAGAGUCAGACUCGUCCCCGUAUGUCCCGGGAAGAUGCUCGUGUCCCGACACCCAAGCGGGUGUCAAAGGACAACUGAAGGAGCUCAGAGUUUUUCCAAAAAGCGCCAUCUGUGAUAAAGUCACAGUAAUGGUGACACUGAGUAGCAACAACGAGACAGUGUGUCUCAGUCCAGAUGCACCCAUGGGCAAACAGCUGAUACGCUGCUGGAACAGGGCUCACAAGUUGGGCCGUGAAACAAAGCUGUGCCUGAGGAGGAGGAGGAGAGGGAGGGGGAGAGGUCAGCGCCAGCGGUCUCGACAGAGGAGUCGUGGCCAGAUCAGGAAAGCCUCGUCCUCCAACUCCCAGUAGGCGAGCAGCCUGACCAAAGAUGGGAAGCUACUGCACGGAGACAAGUGUGAACGCUGAUUCUCACCACCGGAGACACUGUUAAGUUGGAGAAACAGCAGGCUAUCACUCUGCUCGCUGUAAAUGCCAUGCAGCUCACAUGUCAAGUGCCCCUAAAUUGUUUUCUGAGUGUAAAUCAUUCUCAGCAGCGGGCCUUAUGUUUUCUGUGCAGAUGACUGAUGGAACUAAGCCCUGGAGGCUUGUCAUACAUGUUAAAAGUUUGAGCUUUAAAACACUGUUAAAUGGUCAAGAUGGUCAAUGUAUUGUUUGUAUGUACUUCUGUGUAUGCAGCUGGAAGAGCUAACUGAAGAGAAUUAGUUGGAUAUUUAUUUUUAUAUGAAUAUAGAGGAUUUUUUUUUUUUUUUAAAUAAAUAAGUACAUCAGAACAACA